AUGCCUCCCAUCAACCCCGCCGUCUCUGCCGAGGAGCUUCACACGCUCUCUACCAAGGCCAUCGAGGCCAAGGCCGCCGCAUACUGUCCAUACUCCAACUUCCGCGUCGGCGCAUGUAUCCUCACUGCCUCUGGUGACUUCGUCAUUGGAGCCAAUGUCGAGAACGUUUCUUAUCCCGUUGGAACCUGCGCCGAACGAGUCGCCUUUGCCACGGCUAUCGUUGCCGGCCAUAAAGAGUUCCGCGCUAUUGCCGUGGCCACUGAUAUUACACCUGGAGCGUCACCGUGUGGAAUGUGUCGGCAGUACAUGCGAGAAUUCACAACCCCUUCCUUCCCCAUAUACAUGUACGACGGAAAAGGGAACUAUAAAAUGAAGACAAUGGGCGAGCUGCUGCCGGACUCGUUCGGUCCCGACGAUCUUCCCAAGUAG